CGGAGCGGUUGUCGCCGGCUGCCGAGGCCGGGCCGAGCUCCCGGUGCCGGGAGUGGGUGUGGCUGCUGGGUGCGCGGCCCGCGACAGGUGGGCAGGGCGGAGGCGGCCGCCGAGGCCCGGUCCUUCCAGCUCCCAGGUCGGAGUCCAGGCGCGGAGCGGGCGGACUGGCGGCGGCGAACGGGACUCGCGGGUCCUUCCGCCCGCGCUCGCGUCUGCCUUUGGGGCGGGCCGGGGCGGGCCCGUCGGCUCUGUCGGGCGCUCAGCCAGAGGGCCAGGCCGGCGCUGCGGGUGGAAGCAGCCCUGGGCUGGCAGCCUGGGGUUCCAGUUUGAGUCUCGCCCCGGACGGGCUGCGAGACCUUGGGCGAGUCAGCCUGGUCCUUGGCCUGCGUUUCCACAUCUGUAAAAUCAAAGUUCGGCUAGGUCAUCUGUGAGGACCUUCCCCGUCUGACAUUUUGUAAACUCGAGAGAGACCUGCGUACAUUGGGAGCUGCCACAGGGAAAGCCUAGCUUGAAAUCCAUGGCCCAAAAUGACUUUGCCAGUGGAGACUGUCUUUGGUAAAGAAGGCGACCAGACAGGAGGCUGGGAUGAGCAUGCCACUGCAUCAGAUCUCUGCCAUUCCAUCCCAGGAUGCCACCGUUGCUAGAGUCUACACAAGUAAGACCAAAGAAAAGGAAAGGGAAGAACAGCAUGAGAAGACUUUGGGACAUUCCAUGAGUCAUUCGAGUAACAUUUGUAAGGCUGGGAGUCCCCCGUCGACGGCGUCUGCCUUCUCCCGCCCCUCUGCUACACCAUCCAAUCAGGACAUCUGCAGUUCCAGUGCAGUGCUUUCUGAGUGUUGUCACCACAGUCCCGUGCAGUCUGCUGUUGUCUUGAAAGCGCCUCCCUGCCAGAGUUCCCUGACUCCAGGGCUCACUGUGACAGUUAUCUGUAAAGACACAUCACAGGCAUCCAGGAGACACCUCUGUGGUUCAGAAUGGGCCCAGGCCUUGAGGCCUGCUAGGGAUACCAAAGCCGGAAGAACACUGAAGUUCUCAAAAUCCCUAAAUGAUAUGGGCGAGAAGGCCCAGGACACCAUGGGAAGUUUUGACUAUGUGGAAAGGACUUGUUCUGAAGGGAAGUUGCUCUUCUCUCAAGAGCCGUGUCUCAGGAUUAGUAGGUUCCAUCACAGAGAAAAGAGAACGCUGCAUCAAAAACCUCUCGGCAAUUCCAGAUAUUCUUGUGUUUCAUCCCUUUCUGCCAAUCAUUCACCUGCUUCAGAGGCGGAAGCUGGCAAGGGGAGCAUCCGCGUCCCGCUUUUGGAAGAGAAAGCAGAUGGUGAGGCCCUGUCCAGGAGCAGACGACUGCUGCGGUACCUCUUCCCGCUCGGCCCGAGUGCCAGCAGCCUGCACAGGCUCCGCGAGCUGGAGGGCUGCGCUGCCCGCCGGCACACGGCCAAGUCCUCCAGCGGGCUGGCGGCGAGCGCGGGCUUCUGUUCCGAUGACGUGGGGGAUGACGACGUCUUUGAGGACAGUGUGUCCGCAGAGCUGAAGAGCCGGGACCUGCGGGCACCCCUCUGCUCAGUGGAGAAGGACAGCGACCUGGACUGCCCUUCUCCCCUCUCAGAACGGCGUCCCCCCAUAUCUCCUGGGUCCACAUCAGGGGAUGCCUGCAGGAUCUGCCACUGUGAGGGUGAUGACGACAGCCCCCUGAUCACCCCGUGCCACUGCACCGGGAGCCUGCACUUCGUGCACCAGGCCUGCCUGCAGCAGUGGAUCAAGAGCUCUGACACGCGGUGCUGUGAGCUGUGCAAGUAUGAGUUUGUCAUGGAGACCAGGCUGAAGCCUCUGCGGAAAUGGGAGAAGCUCCAGAUGAGCAGCAGCGAGCGCAGGAAGAUCAUGUGCUCAGUCACCUUUCACGUGAUUGCCAUCACUUGUGUGGUCUGGUCCUUAUACGUGCUCAUUGACCGUACUGCCGAGGAGAUCAAGCAGGGGCAGGCAACAGGAGCCCUUGAGUGGCCCUUUUGGACUAAAUUGGUGGUUGUGGCUAUCGGCUUCACUGGAGGACUUCUUUUUAUGUAUGUUCAGUGCAAAGUAUAUGUACAAUUGUGGAAGAGACUCAAGGCUUAUAAUAGAGUAAUCUAUGUUCAGAACUGUCCAGAAACAAGCAAAAAGAAUAUUUUUGAAAAGUCUGCACUAACAGAGCCCAACUUUGAAAACAGAGAUGGCCCUGGGGCCUGUCAUUCCGACACAAACUCUUCCUGUUGCACAGAACCUGAGGACACUGGGGCAACCAUUGUCGAAGUGUGACUGUCUGGACGUCACCAGGAGCUGAAGGAGAUUGUUUACUGCCAGCUGUGUACCUUUUCUUAUGUCCUUUACUAGCGUAGAAUGGGCAGGUGGCUAUUUUUAAUGGCUUCUCUUUUUCUAAAUCCUCCUUAAUGAACCUUCUGGAAAGCCCUCCUGUUGGCCAUCCACCUCUGCCAUAUGCCUGAUGGGCAGGGAACGUGGAAGACCCCAUGACAUGGGAGGUGGGGCUGGCUGAGUUCCCGGUCGUGUUCUUGGGCCGGUGAGAGAAUGAAGGGCCGAGGCUGAGGGAAGAGCAGGAGAAGGGUGGGGCCCAGGCCCUGGGGAGCAGCCCCUUCCAGUCAGCGGCUAUCCCUGCAUGAGGCUUUAGGAAUGUCUGCCCAGGAUGGGAGGAUUUCUGUACUCAGUAAGGAGAGCCCAGAAGAUGGGGUAGAGACAGCCCCCCAAACACAGACCGUGGCCUCCCUGCCCCUGCAGAUGCUGCUCCUGCCGUUUCUCCCAAGCAGACAGGGGAGCAGGUGCUCCAUGGGGAGGCGAGCGAGCCACUGAGCAAACAGCACUUUACAAAAGAAAGCCUUUAUUUUGUAAUACGUGUCCAGUGGGAUUGAAACUUAAAAGAAUGUCUCAUUUAGAAAUGUUCCCUUUGUUAGACCGUACUAUCUCUUUUGCAUUAUAGUGUGAAAAACCCUUUCUGCCUUAUGAAUUCUAACAUACAUGACAUCCCUCAGUGCACAUAAAACAAACGUGUGAUUAUAAUCUACAGAUGAGCCUGAGACUUUUUCUUACCAGGCUUCGUGGGAAUGAUGGAUGUCACGUGGCAAUUGGAGCAUAGUUCCUGUGGUUUUGAACCUGUUUUAGGGAGUUCUUAUCUUAGAGGCUUGCCCCGUUUGUUCCUUUUUGUCAGCAUUGAAAAAGAGCUUUUUGAGAUCUAAAUGGAAGGAAAGGAAGUGAAUAAUUAGAACAAAAUUGAGUGUUUUAAAAAUACUCCUUUAGAGAGAGAUCGUGCCAGCGUGUGCCAGAUUCCCACGAAAGAGUAAGAGUGCCCGUCCUGAUCUGUGUACCUGCCUGCCCGCCUUGGCCAGCUUCUGCAGGUGUGCCUGGCAGGGGCUGUGAGGUCACUGCCCACUGCAGAGAAGUGGAUGGGCUGCCCUGGCCCCUGGCCACUCCCCAGCCACCCACCCAGCCCUUCACUGCCUUAACCAGACUGAGGAGAGAGGAUCCUGUGAGGGCCCCAGCCGGCUAUGGGUCUGUUCUGUCGUCAGGGUUUACAAACACAGAUCGCUACCAUCAAAUGGCCUUUGUUCCUUAAAAAAGGCUGCUUAAACUUCUGUUUU